CCUAUCUCCCCCGUCGUCUCUGGUGACGAACAACCCAUGCGUCAAAAAGGAAAGUCGGAACCCAAGAGCGAGGUUUCGUAAUCCGGGAAUGGGGGACAUGAAAACCCCAGAUUUCGAUGACUUGUUGGCAGCCUUCGACAUUCCAGACAUCGAUGCCAAAGAGGCCAUCCAGUCUGCGCCAGAAGAGGGUGGGGAGGGGUCAGGGAAGGCUGGGGGCAGCGUGUCUGGGGCCGGGGGUCCCUCGCCAAGACCUUCCAGCCCCACUGAUUCCCCUCCCAACCCCCAGAGUGAGCCUCCAGUGGUCAGUGUGAUUGUUAAGAACAGGGUGAGGCCUGACUCCUAUGAGGAUACUGAGGGGUCAGAUGAAGAGGAUGGAGAAAGCCCUGGGGGCAGUGGGACAGACCCAGACCCUGAGGUGGAGACUGGGAUGGGAGUCAAGGGGAGCCUGCUGAAUUCACGACUGGCUCCUAGGAUGCCUAGUCUGGUCUCCUCAGAACCUCUCCUCCAGAAUGGGUUUGAGGGGUCCACAGCCACGCUGGAGCCCAGUGUGAGAGGCCAGGGGAUGGGCCAGGCCAACAGGGAGCUCUGGUCAACCUGCUCCCCUUCCACUGCGAGUGAAGGAAGGGGCAGCAGUGGGGGUGCGGGGGGGUCGGCCAGCACAACCAAACAUACAGUUAAUAUUCUCAACAGACUGAAACCUCUCCCCUCCCCUCACACCUCUGCUGGUCCUAUAACCUCCACAUCCUCCUCCUCAUCGUCAUCUUCACUCUCCGUCAACCCACACCUCUCUCCUCCCUCCAUCCUGAGUGAGGACACUCCGCGCCCUCCCAGGCAUCUCUCCUCCCCCCCUCCCUCCAAUGGAAGGAUGAGGCGCAUCAUGGACUCGGAUGAGGACGACUCUGAACCGGAUUUAGGAAGCCCGCUAGUGAUCCAAGAGAGCCCAGAUUCUCCCAUGUGCUCUCCUCCCAAAUUUCCACGCAGACACCGCCAAGUGUCCUCUUCAGAGCUGUUUAGCUCCCCAACUCCCUCCUCCCCUCCUCUCCUCUCGUGCCCCCCUCCUCUCUCCUCCAAACCCCCUCCCUCCAUCACUCUGACAUCCUCCAACUCUAAACCCCCCCCUCCAGAUGAAGUACCCUCCACCCCCAGGUCUCCCUCCCCUCCUCCUGCCCAGCCCCGGGCCAGUCAGUCCUGGCUGGCUGCCGCCCUGAGUAACCCCAGACCCAUCUCUAGCCCUGUGAUGGAGGAAAGAAACCCGGAACAUGUGAUCGAGGAGAGGGACUCACCAGAGAGUCCCCCGCCUGACCAGACAGGUUCUGCUAUGUCCACUGUGCCCAAGAUGAGCUCCAGCCCUGCACCAGCCUCAGCUUCAACUCCACAGGGGGCUAGAGAGGAAGAGGAGCCCAUGGAGAGUGAGCCUACCCUGGUGAGCAGGUCAGAGGACAGUGAGAAGAUGGAGGUUGUGGAUGGAAGACAAACAGGAGAUACGGAGACGGCUCCGGCCAACGCUAUGACGACACCAACAGCCCCUGUUCGCCCGCUCAAAGUCCGAAUCAAAACGGUCAAGACCCCUACAGGCAGCAUCACCAGGACAGUGACGCGAGUAGCAUCUAAAGGGGCAGGGGGGACCCCCUCAAAGGGCACAGACAGCUCCAAACCCUCCCCAGGGGGUCGUAAGGUCCUCAGCCGGCCCAAGAGGGUGGCAUCUCAGCAGCCUCCGCAGCAGAAGUCAAAGGGUGGCAGCCUCCUGCCUGUGUCUACACUCCAGGAUGCAAGUACCGCCAUGUUGAUGGCCGCCAGCAAGGCCCAAAACAAGAUGGCCGCCGACAGCAACAAGCCCAAAGUGUCAGCUACGGCUGUCAGCAUCACCAAGUCAGCAGCCCUCCCCUCCGUCUCUUCCGCCUCCCCCAGAUUCAGCCCAGGGGGGGCCAGCGUGCGCAGCCUGGGCCAGAAGACCUUGAAUGGGGGUGUGUCUGUGUCCCCCUCCCCCCUCCUCCCCCCUCAGGGGGGCAGUAGACCGGCCUCCAUAGUGAACAGUACAGGAGCCAUCAUCUCCAGGAGCCAGUCCAGUUUGGUGGAGGCCUUCAACAAGAUCCUCAACAGCAAGAACCUGCUGCCCAGCUACAGACCAGACCUCUCUACACCACUACCACCGGAGUGGGACCUGCCUCUGCCUGCACAGGGCUACCGCUGUCUGGAGUGUGGCGAUGCGUUUGCCCUGGAGCGCAGCCUGGCUCGCCACUACGACCGGCGGUCCCUGAGGAUCGAGGUGACCUGUAACCACUGUGCCAAGCGGCUGGCCUUCUUCAACAAGUGCAGCCUGCUGCUCCACGCCAGGGAACACAAGGAGAGGGGACUGGUCAUGCAGUGUUCCCACUUGGUCAUGAGACCUGUCACUGUGGAGCAGAUGAUAGGACAACAGGACACCACUCCCAUCGGCAUGCUCUCUCCCUCCCUCUCCACCUCCUCUGUCCUAGCGUCGUCUUCUCCGGCUGUGACUUCAGCAGUGACCCCUGCGACCCUGAGCCCCGCCCCCCAGCUGCAGCAGCCAGUCCCCAAUAAGAAGGCGGCAGAGCCGGUGCUGUACACCAAUAACAAGUGUCCUGAGUGUAAGGUGCAGUUCUGCAGCAAGGCCGAGGUGGCUGCCCACUUCCAGGAGGUCAAACCAGCCCUUAACACUUCCUGUACGGAGUGUUCUCCCCCCAUGCUCCUUCCUAACGGCUGCAGUGCCUCUGCUCACGCUCGCAUCCACAACCCCCGCCCCCCCUACGUCUGCCCAGAGUGUGGGGGUGUGGCCAAGCAGCCAGCCUUCCAAUCCCAUCUGGAGGAGGCCUGUCUCCACUUCACACGACGCAUCGGAUACAGGUGUUCUAGUUGUCAGGUGGUGUUUGGAGGGUUAAACUCUGUCAAGUCCCACAUCCAGACGGCUCACUGUGAGGUGUUCCAUAAGUGUCCCAGCUGCCCCAUGGCCUUCAAGUCCUCCCCCAGCGCCCAGAGCCACAUCAACACCCAGCACCCCACACUCACUGGAGGACAGGCCAAGAUGAUCUACAAGUGUGUGAUGUGUGACACAGUAUUUACCCAGAAGCCACUGCUGUACGUCCACUUUGACACCCACCUAGUCAAGCAGAAGGUGCACGUGUUCAAGUGUCCUGAGUGCACCAAACUCUACGCUCAGAGAAGUUCCAUGCUGGAGCACAUCAAGACUACUCACAGAGGCCCCGCAGUCAAACAGGAAGUUCCCGUUGCCAUGGCGCCCUCCCCUGCCCCUCUCCCUCGGGUGCGGAGCUCGGCGAAGACGGAGAGCUCUGACGGGGAGGAGUGGGGAAGGGAGGAGGAGGAGGAGGAAGAGAAGGAUGGAGAGAGCAGUAAGACGAGUCCAGGGUGGAGCUGUGCUCCCUGCCACGCCCGCUACGCUGACAGAGAGGACUACAUUACCCAUAUGGCAGAGCAGCAUGGCAAGAUCCUGAAGAAGUUCCCGUGUAGUCUGUGUGAGAGCUCCUUCUCCUCCACGUCCAGCCUCAGACGCCACAUCAGAGUCAAACACAAGGGCAUCAAACGAGCCUUCCACUGCCGGUUGUGUACUGAGGGGAAGAGGACGUUCAGCAGUAGGCUGGUGUUGGAGAGACACGUCCAGCUGAGACACAGCAUGUCAGCUCUAGACACAAAGAAGCGAGGGAGGGGUGCAGAGGGGGCAGACAGUUCCUCAGAGCAGGACGGAGGCUCCAACCCUCCGUUCACUGUUUCAGCUGAGGAAGAUGGAGGAGGAGGGGUGAAGACUGAGGAGGAAGAGGAGGAUGUGACCGAGGGCAUCAUCCCCGCUAAGAGACCUCGCGUCACCUCCUCGGCCCCCCCUCCCCAGCCAGAGUCUGGGUUCCACUGUGCUCCGUGUGGCUUCACCACCGAGGACCGCGCCGUCUUCCUGGAGCACAUCCCCCAGCACCGCUCCGAGGCCCUGGGGGGAGGAGUCAGCCUGCAGUGUCUGCAGUGUGGAGCCUGCUUUGCCUCCGCCCCCUCCCUCUCCCGCCACCGCUUCAUCAGCCACCGGGUCCGAGACACGCCCCCUGACAACCACAGCCGCCACGCCCAUAACGACCGCUCCCUGACAUCGUCACCCGGCAACGGCGGUAACCACGGUGACGGGAGUCCCAGAGGGGGUUCCCUGCCGGGAUCUCCCUCUUCCUCGUCUCACCCCCCCACGCCGCUGGGGGAGGAUGGGGAGGGCAGGGUGGGGUGUAAGGUGUGUGGGAAACGCUUUGACAAGGUGUCGGAUCUGAACACACACUUCAGGACUCACGGCAUGGCCUUCAUCACCGCACGCAAGACAGACAAACCUGUCUGAGAGAAAAAAAUAGUGAGGGAGGGGAAGGUAGAGAAGGAGGGGGGAGAGAGAAGAGAGAAUAUUUUGGAGGAAAGGAGGGUGAGAGAGUACCAUAAACUGCAGAUAUUUUAGUAAGAGAGAGGAGGUUUAGGAAGGAAAGUAAAACUCUUCACUGUAAACCGUUCUUCAGCAGUGUGUUCCUGUCAUCACUUAUCCAACACACAAGCACAUUGUGAUAACAGUUGUUGUUGUUUUCAUUUAAUUUUUUCUUAUUUAAAUUUCUGGCACAUUUCUCAUAUGGCAGCCAGAACCUGUGUGUGUCAGUGUCUGACUGAUUCAGGACGCAGUACCUCAGGUGCUGUACCUGUCUGACUGAGGUAGUAUUAACAUAUUCUUACUGAGUUGUAAACAGUGGAGGCUGCUGAGGGGAGAACGGCUCAUAAUAAUGGCUGGAACAGAGCAAAUGGAAUGGCAUCAAACAC